UUUUGCUAGAAGAAAAGGACAUAGAGGGAAAUAUAGAAAUUGUUAGAGAAGAUAGAAGAAGAAAAAAAGAGGUAAAGAUCAAGGCAAGCCUUAGAGAAAGCCUCAGAAAAGCUUCUGUCAUUUUACACAGACGUUUCAUUGACAUUAGAUGUUUGUGGCCUUGGAAUUUUAGAAACAAUGUGGUAUUUGCUAAGGUUAAACAUGACCACCAAGUCUCUACUUUGAAAAAUGUUGCUGAAAUUGUGGAAGAAAGUUUCCUAGAACAGGAUAUUAUCUCCCCUGAUCAAAGAGGAUUUAAACCACACAUCACUAUUAUGAAAUUGUCUAGUGUCAAAGGCUCUAAAAAAAAAGGUCUGAAGAAGAUAGAUGAGAAAUUGUACAGUGAAUUUAUAGACACUAACUUUGGAUGUGAGAGUAUCCACACACUACAACUGUGUGCCAUGAUGAAACCAAAAGAUAAACUAGGAUAUUAUCAGGUUGAGCAUAAAGUCCAGUUUGCUAAAAUACCAGACAAUAAACUGGCAGAAUCUUGUCCAAAUACCACAGUUGAAAUAUCUGAUGGCAUUAAGACAGAUCCAGACCUGAAUGAUGAGGCAAAGACUUAUCCUGAAACAGAGAGUAUAAAUGUAGAAUCAGUUGAUAUUAUAACAGUUGAUAAUAAGAAAGAUUUAAAGGCUCUGUCAGAAGAUAAAAAUUUAACAGAUAAUAGAUCAAGUGGAAAUGACAUAAAUAAUUAUAAUGAUAGUGCCAUAGAUUUGAGUGAAAAAAGUGGAAGAUCUCAUGAAGUUACACAAGAUAUUAUACCUAAACAUGAUAGUGAAUUAAAUAUAAAUGGAAACACUGACACAUCAAAAGAAGAAGUUUUAUUACCAAUGUUUGAGGAUGAUAGUGCCUUGGAUAUAAGUCUACAAACUGAAAGUGGUUCCAAUGAUAUCCCUGAAGAUGACAAUGCUAUAAGGAAAGAUUUUAAAGCAAAUGAAGAAGUUUUAACAGAAAAAGCUUAAAAAACUAAGAUAUGUCUUAUUUGUGAAAUACUGUUUAUACAGUGUAUUUUAUUGAACUAUGCACAAGUAAAUGCCUUAGAUAAAAUUUGUGAUAUAACUUAUAUACAUGUAUUUCAUUAAAUGGUGAAUGCUGAGCAUUUUAGUAAAAAAGUGUAUUGUGCUACUAAAUUAAAUAUCACUUCCGCAUAUUGUUUGUGCAGCAGUAUUAAAUAAAUUAUUUAUCCAUUAAUUAUUAAAUUGUUGAUAAAUUUU